AUGGCUGAUAAACCCGGCGACGCGCCUGAUCUGGAAGCCCGCGCUGCGCUGGAGACGACGCCGCCGCAGCAGCAGCAGCGCUCGCGCCUGACCUUUGCACAGCGCUGGGCACAACCCGUGGACGUCAAACAUGCCGACCUGAUCUGUCUCCUCCUGUGUCUGACCACGGGCCUCUGCGACAGCAGCGCCUACAAUGCCUGGUCGUGUUUCCUGGCCAUGCAAACGGGAAACACCGUCUUCCUGGGCCUGGGCGCCUCCGGCCAACCCACCUCCAAACCCUGGGGCUGGCUCAAAUCCCUCACCUCGAUCGCAUCCUUCUUCGUCGGCGCGCUGGUCUUCGCGACCGCCACGCGGCACGCGGGCGCCCGCCGGCGCGGCACCCUCUUCUCCUCCUUCAUGGUGCAGACGGUGCUCAUUGUGAUCGCGGUGGCGCUCAUCGAGGCGGGCCUGAUCCCGCACACGAGCGAGGACGCCAGCCUGACGGGCGGGCGGCUCUUCCUCGAGCUUAUCCCGAUUGCGCUGCUGGCGUUCCAGUCGGCCGGGUCGAUUGCGUCGAGCCGCGCGCUGGGGUAUAAUGAGAUCCCGACGGUGGUGCUGACGAGUGUGUAUUUUGAUGUGGCGUCGGAUCCGAAGCUGGGGGAGGCGCCGACGGGGAAUGCGAAGCGGAAUCGCCGCGUCGGGGGAGUGGUGUCUUUGCUGGUUGGGGCGAUUGUGGGCGGGUGGUUGAGUCGGAGUAGUGGUGGGAUGCAGUCGGCGUUGUGGAUGGCGGCUGGGUUCAAGUUUGUGAUUGGGGUUGGGUGGUUGUUUUGGAGGGCGGAGAGGAAGUAA